AUUGACGUGUACUUGUGGAAGCUUAGCACUGAUUUUUCUCGGACAGCUCGCAUCCAUCAGAGCUGAGCAACAAAUAAUUUGACGAGGGGGAGCUUGCAGGGUCCUUGGUCGCGAUGCACACAUAUAUGUACCGAUUGAAUGCACUGUUCACCGUGGCUUCCACGGCGCUAGCAGUCAUUUGUGCUGCAGCGGCUCUGACAGAUUGGACUUUCACACCUGAACCAUCAGUCAGUCUGAAGGUUAAAAGCUAUGAUGGAUUGCAGCGAGAAGCUGGGGAGCAUAGAGCAUGGAUGACACUCCAGCUAAACGCAGAUCUGCAAAGUGUCUUCCACUGGAACACAAAGCAGGCCUUCAUGUACAUCACAGCAGAGUUUGAAACUCCGAAGAACAAGGUGAACCAGGCGGUGGUGUGGAGCAGAAUAGUUGAGAAGCAGAAGGAUGCACGCAUCAAGGAGACAGUGCGCUUUGGAUAUCCUUACCAGCUCACAGACCCAGGUUUAAGUUUGCAGAACACGACAUUCAGCCUCAUGUUCAAUUGGGAGACUGUGCCGCUGGUGGGGGCGAUGCACAGAGACACAAGAGUCUUUCCCGGGCUGAACUUUCCAGGGGAGUACUUCAGGACGAGGGCAAUCCCCAAGGGCUGGUGACAGGAAGGCUGCCCCUGGGAACGACACUGAAACACUGUAUCUGACAGCAUGAUUGAGGUCAUGGCCACUGGCCCAGAUACAACCUGUGCUUUGCAAGCUUGCUGGAACGUUUAAAUAAAAAACGUAAAUGGAACGCCUUACGCUUGCAUUAACCUGUCUGGGUACAGUGCCGGUGACUGUUAAUUGUGAGGUGCGCACAGAAGAGGUCACACGGUGUCUGGGAAUCCCUUGAAUUGUGUAGUCAUUGCACAUC